AUGGCUAUUGACCAUUAUAAAAAAUGUUUAGAAAUUUCCGCUGAAACUGGUAAUUGGUUGGGGAUGAUAAGAAGCAAUACAAAUUUGGGCAAUGCCUAUCAAUGUUUAGGAGAAUAUCAAAAGGCCAUUGACUAUUACGAAAAAGGUCUAGAUAUAAGCACUACUAUUGGCGAUCGCUCUGGAAUAGCAAGCAGCAAUGGAAAUUUGGGCAAAGUCUAUUUUAGUUUAGGGGAAUAUCAAAAAGCCAUUCACCAUUACGAAAAAGGUCUAGAAAUAAGCACUGCUAUAGACGAUCGAUCAGGAAUAGCAAGUAACAAUUGUAAUUUGGGCAAUGUCUAUCUUAGUUUAGGGGAAUAUCAAAAGGCCAUGGAACAUUGCGAAAAAGGUCUAGAUAUAAGCGCUACUAUCGGCGAUCGAUCAGGGAUAGCAAGCAGCAAUUGCAAUUUGGGCAAUGUCUAUCUUCGUCUAGGAGAAUAUCAAAAGGCCAUUGAUCAUUACGAAAAAAGUCUAGAAAUAAGCACUGCUAUAGGCGAUCGCUCUGGAAUAGCAAGCAACAAUGGCAAUUUGGGCAAUGCCUAUCGAUGUUUAGGAGAAUAUCAAAAGGCCAUGGACCAUUACGAAAAAGGUCUAGAAAUAAGCACUGCUAUAGACGAUCGAUCAGGAAUAGCAAGCAACAAUGGCAAUUUGGGCAAUGUCUAUCAAUAUUUAGGAGAAUAUCAAAAGGCCAUUGACCAUUAUGAAAAAGGUCUAGCUAUAAGUGCUACUAUUGGCGAUCGAUCAGGAAUAGCGAGUAACAAUGGCAAUUUGGGAAAUGUCUAUCUUAGUUUGGGGGAAUAUCAAAAGGCCAUGGACCAUCACGAAAUAUGUCUAGAAAUAAGCACUGCCAUAGGCAAUCGCUCUGGAAUAGCAGGCAGCAAUGCCAAUUUGGGCAAUGUCUAUUUUAGUUUAGGGGAAUAUCAAAAGGCCAUUGACCAUUACGAAAAAGGUCUAGAAAUAAGCACUACUAUAGGCGAUCGCUCUGGAAUAGCAACCAACAUUGGCAAUUUGGGCAAUGUCUAUCGACGAUCAGGAGACUAUAAAAAGGCCAUUGACCAUUACGAAAAAAGUCUAGAAAUAAGCAAUGCUAUAGGCGAUCGCUCUGGAAUAGCACUCGACAAUGGAAAUUUGGGCAAUGCCUAUCAAUAUUUAGGAGAAUAUCCAAAGGCCAUUCACCAUUGCGAAAAAGGUCUGGAAAUAAGCACUGCUAUAGGCGAUCGCUCUGGAAUAGCAACCAACAUUGGCAAUUUGGGCAAUGUCUAUCGACGAUCAGGAGAAUAUCAAAAGGCCAUUGACCAUUACGAAAAAAGUCUAGAAAUAAGCAGUGCUAUAGGCGAUCGCUCUGGAAUAGCAGGCAGCAAUGGAAAUUUGGGCAAUGUCUAUUUUAGUUUAGGGGAAUAUCAAAAGGCCAUUCACCAUUGUGAAAAAGGUCUGGAAAUAAGCACUGCUAUAGGUGAUCGGUCUGGAAUAGCAAGCAACAAUGGCAAUUUGGGCAAUGUCUAUCUUACUUUAGGGGAAUAUCAAAAGGCCAUUGACCAUUACGAAAAAGGUCUAGAAAUAAGCACUGGUAUAGACGAUCGCUCUGGAAUAGCAAGCAACAUUGGUAAUUUAGGCAAUGUUUAUCGACGUUCAGGAGAAUAUCAAAAGGCCAUUGACCAUUUCGAAAAAAGUCUGGAAAUAAGCAGUGCUAUAGGCGAUAGCUCUGGAAUAGCACUCAACAAUGGCAAUUUGGGCAAUGCCUAUCAAUAUUUAGGAGAAUAUCAAAAGGCCAUUCACCAUUGCAAAAAAGGUCUGGAAAUAAGCAUAGCUAUAGGCGAUCGGUCUGGAAUAGCAAGCAACAAUGGCAAUUUGGGCGAUGUCCAUCUUAAUUUUGGAGAAUAUCAAAAGGCAAUUGCCUAUUACAAAACCGGUUUACAAAUAAGCACUGCUACAGGCGAUCGCUCUGGUAUAGCAAGCAGCAAUGGCAAUUUGGGCAAUGCCUAUCGAUCUUUGGGAGAAUAUAAAAAGGCCAUUGAGCAUUACAACAAAGGUCUAGAAAUAAGCAGUGCCAUUGGCGAUCGGUCUAGAAUAGCAAGCAUCAAUGGCAAUUUGGGUAAAGCCUAUCAAUCUUUAGGAGAAUAUCAAAAAGCCAUUGACCAUUACGAAAAAUGUCUAGAUAUAAGCGCUGCUAUUGGCGAUCUAUCAGGAAUAGCAAGUAACAAUGGCAAUUUGGGCAAUGUCUAUCUUAGUUUAGGAGAAUAUCAAAAGGCCAUGGACCAUUACGAAAAAGGUCUAGAAAUAAGCACUGCUAUAGACGAUCGAUCAGGAAUAGCAAGCAACAAUAGCAAUUUGGGCAAUGUCCAUCUUAGUUUAGGAGAAUAUCAAAAGGCCUUUGACCAUUACAAAAAAGGUCUAGAAAUAAGCACUGCUAUAGGCUAUCGCUCUGGAAUAGCAAGCAACAAUAGCAAUUUGGCCAAUGUCUACCUUCGUUUGGGAGAAUAUCAAAAGGCCAUUGACCAUUACGAAAAAAGUCUAGAAAUAAGCACUGCUAUUGGCGAUCGGUCUGGAAUAGCAAGCGACAAUGGCAAUUUGGGCAUUGUCUAUCAUAGUUUAGGAGAAUAUGAAAAGUGCAUUGCCUAUCACAAAAGCGCGUUACAAAUAAACACUGUUAUAGGCGAUCGGUCUAGAAUAGCAAAAAACAAUUGCAAUUUGGGCAAUGCCUAUCAAUGUAAAGGAGAAUAUCAAAAGGCCAUUGACAAUUACAAAAAAAGUCUAGAAAUAAACACUGCUAUAGGCGAUCGCUCUGGAAUAGCAAGCAACAAUAGCAGUUUGGGCAUUGUCUAUCUAUCUUUAGGAGAAUAUGAAAAGGCCAUUGAUCAUCACGAAAAAGGUCUAGAUAUAAGCACUGCUAUUGGCGAUCGGUAUAAAAUAGCUUGCAGCAAUGGCAAUUUGGGCAAUGCCUAUCUUACAAUAGGAGAAUAUCAAAAGGCCAUUGAUCAUUGCGAAAAAGGUCUAGAUAUAAGUACUGCUAUUGGCGAUCGAUCAGGAAUAGCAAGUAACAAUGGCAAUUUGGGUAAUGCCUAUCUAUCUUUAGGAGAAUGUCAAAAGGCCAUUGAUUAUUACGAAAAAGGUCUAGAAAUGAGCACUGCUAUAGGCGAUCGAUCAGGAAUAGCAAAUAACAACAGCAAUUUAGGCAGUGCCUAUAAUCGUUUGGAACAGUAUAGAAAGGCCAUUGAUUAUUACAAGUUAGGUUUGGAAGUGAGUGCUGAAAUUGGCGCUCUGCCAGAAGCUGCCGCAGACCGCAGUAAUUUAGGAAAUUCCUAUCGAUGUCUAAUGGAGUAUGAAGUUGCAAUAUCAUACCUAAUAGAGUCAAUUAGGUCUUUUGAUAGAAUUUUCUUAGAUUCAGUUCCUGAUCCAAAUAAACUGGCAUUCGUUGAUCAAUAUUUCAAGACUCACAUAAUAUUAAUGAGUUGUUUCCUUUCGUUGGAGCGCCCUGAGUCCGCAUUAUUAGUCAUUGACCUCAGUAGGUCUAAAGAGCUCCAUUGCUGCAUUGAAAAACGUAGGAAUUCUGUUGGUAAGGACUUGUUGGAUUAUGCCCGUGCGAUAUGGGAUAGAAUUGAGGCCAAAGAAGAACAAAUAGAAAUAGAAGCAUUGCAAGCACUUCUCCAACAACGUAAAAAUGACACCACCAUUUUAGUAUUCGCUUUUGAUUUCGAAGGAGUUCUUAAUGCUUGGGUUUUAACUGACAAAGUCAUCUAUAGAAAGUUAUUACACGCACGUCGCGAAACAGUUCUGCUGCUAAUUAAAGAACUUCUUACAAGGAUAGAUGCUCAAAAUUCUACGUUUUGCAAGGUCGAUUCAGAUGCUAAUACAAAUAGUCAAGCGAUGUUCCCCGUCGAGUUGCGAAGCAGGAAGCCUGCCUCUAAAGUUGAAAUUUUGGCAAGCUAUAGUAAUUUGAGGGAUCACCAAAUUUUAGAAGGGUUAUUUAAACUUUUAUUUGAUCCUGUAAAAGAUCUUGUUAAAGGCAAUAAGCUUAUUGUUGUCCCUGAUCCGCAGUUAUUUUCUGUACCGUUUUCAGCUUUGAUUGACGAAAAUGGCUCAUAUUUAUCAAUCAAAUACAGCGUGCAAAUUUCGCCUUCGUUGCAUACCCUUAAGUGCAGGAUGGAAAAAUUCUAUGACCCAAACUUUGGUUUUGCAUUGUUUGUUGGUAAUCCAGCUGUUGGAAAAGUUAGUUUAAACGGAGAAGAUUUAGCGCCGAUUGACCUGCCCAAUGCUGCUGAAGAAGUCAAAUGUCUGUCAAAGCUUUUCGAAGCAAAUUAUUUUCUAGGACGCGCCGCAACAAAACAGAGAGUAUUGCAGCACUUAAGUGGGGCUAGUGUGAUCCAUAUAGCUGCACAUGGAGAACCGAAUCGAGGUGAAAUAAUGCUUGCUCCAAAUUCCUCUCCUACUGAACCGUGCUCAUCUGUCCCUAGACCCGAAUCAUACCUUCUAACUCAACGAGAUAUUAUAAAUACUUCUGUGCAAGCUCGCUUGAUAGUUUUAAGUUGUUGUUAUACCGGGAAAGGUAAAAUUACUUCAGAAGGUGUCAUAGGUAUAACUCGAGCGUUUCUAGCAGCUGGAGCACGUUGUGUUCUUGCCACACUGUGGCCUCUUCUCAAUGAUGGUGUCACAAAGGAAUUCAUGGAGAAAUUUUAUGCCGAUGUGUGCCAAGAAACGCCAGUUUGCAAAGCUUUACAAAGAACAAAAAACUUCUUUCAGACACACGAAAAAAAUGGAUACCGACACAGUUGGAUCUGGGCUCCAUUUACAAUCAUUGGGGAGGACGUGAAGUUUAGAAAAGAUGAGAUUGAAGAAAUUAGAAAAAAAUCUCAGGAGUUUUUUUGUUGUUUCGAACUGAUUUGA